AUGUCUCAGAUGUCCCAAGAAGAAUUAGAAGCUUUUGUAAAUCAGUUUGCUGAUGAAAUUACUGAUGAACAGGCGGAAAACUCGGACAUUGGAGGUGAUUCUGAUGCUGAAGAUGACCAGCCGAUUUCGACCAUAUCCUCCACACGAAUUUCUUCUACACGACAAGCCACGACGGCGGAGUCAGGCAGUACGACGACUCGACAAAAUACAUUAUUUUAUGAAGAUUCGGAAAGUGAUCGUGGAUCACAUUUUGGAUCUGAUGGCAGUAUACAGGACAAAGAUUAUGAAAAAAUGUUAGAUUCUCUUCAGAAGAAUUGCAAAAGAUGCAAUAUUUUGGCCAAAUCAUGCCCCAAGUGUAUAUCGUGCGGUACAAUCAGUCACACAGCUUGUGCUAAAUUGCUUAAAAACAUUGACUGGAUUGAUGAGAAAGCAAUAGAGUGUUGUGAAGACGACUUGGAAUCCUCAUUCGAAAGUGCCAUAAACGAAGAAGGAAGCUCCAAUAUAACUACUGUUAAGUACUUUAAAGACAUACUUAAGCAAAAAGAUAUUAUCAUUGACAAUUUAGAAGACAAAAUAAGUAUUCUAAAACAACAAAUUGCAUUAUUAACCAAAUUAAAUAAUAUAGACACCGCGUCAUCUAGCGAGAAAACAUUUAAUCUUGUCAAACAGAAUACAGAGACCUUAACUAGAUCAACUCCGUCGGUAAAAGUUGACAGUCAUACAGUACCGCCAACAGCCACAGAAAUAGAAACAAAACUCAAAAAACCUAAACAAUCAAAGAAAUCAUCAAUUUUACAAAACAAAGAUCAAGUAAAUAUUGUACAAAUCCAAGAAGCGAAAAAAAAGCAACAGUGA